AUAUCGCUCCUCUCAAGUCCCUGGUCCAUUCAUUCAAUCCCCUCCCCCCUCCACAUUUCAGGGAACUCCAUCUUCUUUUCUCUCUCUCCGUCUCUGUCCAAGAAGAUUGCUUAGCAAAAUAAAAGAAGUAACCAUUUUCAAUCCCAACUUCUCUUCUUCAUCACACGAGAUUAUACAUAAAAUUACACACCCACUAUAAGCCAAUGGAUCUACCCAGAUUCGUUAUCGAAGCUUCAGAGGCCGAAUCAAUGGCCAAAGAGUUGGGCCUCUCGGUUCUCCAGCUCCUCCCAUCCCUCGUCAAAUCAGCCCAAAAGCUCGCAAGGCCACCCAUCUCCAAGUACCACGUCGGCGCCGUCGGUUUGGGCGCCGACGGCCGGAUCUUCUUUGGCGUAAACCUCGAAUUCCCCGGUCUUCCCCUCCACCACUCCGUCCACGCCGAGCAGUUCCUCCUCACCAACCUCGCCGUUCACGGCGGGCCCCUCCUCCGCCACUUCGCCGUCUCCGCCGCCCCAUGCGGCCAUUGCCGCCAGUUCAUUCAGGAACUCCGCAACGCCUCCGAAAUCCAAAUUUUGAUCACAUCAUCGGAGAACGAUUUGGAAGAGUCCCAAAAUUUCAAACCCUUGUCGUCUUUCCUUCCAAACCCAUUUGGUCCUUUCGAUCUAUUAGAUAAGGAGACACCUCUUCUUCUGGAGCCUCAUGACAAUGGGUUGUCGCUAGUGAGCAAAACAAUUGAUUCCAAUUGUGGCAAUUUAUGCAAUGGGGUUUGCCAAUCGUACACGAAGAAUGAAUCAGAGUUGAAAAUGGCAGCAUUGGAAGCCGCUAAUAGCUCUCAUGCCCCAUAUAGUGGGUGCCCAUCUGGGGUGGCAUUGAUGGAUGCUGAGGGGAGGAUAUAUACAGGAUCUUAUAUGGAGUCUGCGGCCUAUAAUCCGAGUUUGGGGCCGGUACAGGCAGCAAUAGUGGCUUAUGUUGCAAGUGGAGGAGGUGGUGGGUAUGAUAGGAUUGUGGCCGGAGUGUUGGUGGAGAAGGAAGACGUGGUGGUGAGGCAAGAGGACACGGCGAGGCUGCUGCUGAAUAAGGUUUCUCCAAAGUGUCAAUUUCGGGUGUUUCAUUGCAGCUUGGCCUCGAAUGGAUGUAAAAGGCCUGCAUCUAAUUGUGAGUAAAGCCGAACAUUUAAGUGUCAUUUUGGUGAUCAAAGAGAUUGAUGUGAAUAGAUGAUUUAAUGAAUGAAUAAAUGAUAUUCUCUAUUUGGUGAUACAAAAUUUCAAUUGUGUAAGCUUUAAAUCUUUGUGACUGAAUGAUAACAUGUGAAAGUUCAUGUUCAAAAUUUAGACUUUUUGAUUGAAGUAUAUUAAUUUUCUUUGUU